UAAAAAGCAUAUAAAUUUGGAACAAGCUCUCAAAUUAUUUCUCUCCUCUCCCAAUCCCUUAGUUUUGCAAGGCCAAGUUAAGGGUGACAGUGUGUCAAAUUUCUGGUCCCCCUAUUUACUUAAGACAAGAGAGAGAAGGCCACCGUACCCCAACUCACUUUUUUUCCUUUUCCAUCAGUCUAAUCACACAUUCGUUUGCACGUUCUCUUGGACACAUUCAUUACUCUUCUUCUUCUUCUAUUCCCUUAACAAAUCCAAUACUCUCCUUGAAAAACUUAUAUCCAGCUCUUCUUAUCAUCAUUAAUGUCGUCUUUCAUAUCUUUCCUUUUCACUCUCUUAUUGUUUUUCUCUAUGCAUGAAUAUUGCAAGGCUCGUCAUCUCGCAGUUGGCAACAAUGGUUUUGCUUCUCUAUUCCAUUACCCUCACAAGGGUCUGUUUCCGGGUAUGGUAAAGGUCAAACUUGAAAUAGAUUCAAUUGGAGAAAAAACAAAGGGAAUAUCAGAUAGCAUUAAUGCUGAUAAUGCUAAGGCUGUUGCUAAGAGUACUGAAAACAGGAAGGACCACUCGAGGAUUUCUAUAACGGAGCACAAUAAAUAUAGAAAUGGAGGAGGAGGAGGAGGAUUUUCAGGAUGGAACAAUGCAGGAAGUGAGAUUUUUGAGUCUUUUUGUCAUGUGGGUUUGCUUAAGGCAACACGUAUGAAGGACCCGGGAAGGAGAGGGCUUAAAGAAGAUGUAGAUUUCAAGACUAAGAAUGUACAAGAUGAUGAUUAUGAUCCACCACAUCAGACACCGCCCAUUCACAAUAAACAGAAUUAAAAUGGAUCUUUAUAUUUAUAUAUAUAUGGUUAAAAUAAUAGCUAUCUAGCUAUCUUUUGGAGAUCGACGGACUUUAGCAGAGUGAUUUUGGUGAAAAUUUGAUGGUUUGGGCUCUUAUUAACUGCGAAUUUAGACUAUGAGAGUGCACUGCUCAGCAAUUAAUUUUCUGUAUUAGUAUGAAUGCUUUUAAUUAAUUAGAACUUAACAUUAAUAUAUUUUGCUAA